AUGGAGAACCAAAACCCUCCUAAAAAGCCAAAACUUCGAUGGGACACCCCAAUGCGCCAAGCACUUUGUUGCAUCUACCGCUUCUUCCGAUGUGACAAGAAAGCAAAAGAAGAGAUCUUCUUCUCGAUGUUCCGAGACAAUCUGAGAAAACGUGGGAUCAAUCGGUUUAUUCCAGAUAGAACACUCCACGCACAGUGGAGCUGGAUGAGAAACACUGGCGACCUUGUCUGGUCUGAUGUUCAUCGAGACACUGAGUUCAGCAUGGACGGGAGAUGGAAGCAAAUUAUUCAGAGAAUCCAAUCUACGGCAGUCACUUUGCGUCUUCCUCUUCUCGAGAAGACAGAAGAUGACAUUGACACAACUCAAUGUGGGAUGCGAGUGACAAUGGCCUUAGGACCGAGAGCUGAGUCCCCUCCCGAGGCACCCCACCGAAUGCCGUUACCACUGCGCCAGCGAGAAGAGAAAAGGAGUCGUUAUUUUGCCGAAAGUGAGGACCAAAACAGCGAGAGCGCCACGAUGAGCGUCGGCCACAGCCAAGAACUGGUCGACCACCUGACAACCGACUCGCCGGUUGUCACCAGCCAUGGGAAGAAUUGUCUCUGGUGUAGCUAUGGGCUGACCAUUGACGAGGUGGAUGGUCUCAUUGACCAGAGCACCGUGGGAGCUCAAAAUCAAGAACACCAAGAAUAUGAAGAAACCCCAGAACUCUCAGAGCCCCAUGAGCUUCAAGAACGCCAAUAUUCCAGUGAGCAGCAUCAUGACCAAGGCCAAAAUCAACCCCACGGAAAAGGCCACCACCAUGACCAUGAUCUGGCCAUGCAAGGAGUUGCUCAUGAUAAAAUGCCACCGUUACUCUUUCGCUGGUCAAACCGUGACUCCCAAGGAGUCAACUCAAAGGCACGCUUUCUGGCGGGAGCUUUUCGUGAUUCUGAGUGGUUCGACCCGGAAAAUAUUCCCGAGAGCCGAUUUGAAAGCUUCUUUCGGAGUCAUGUAACCAAGGAGAAGGUCAGCACACCCUUUAUCUCCACAUUUCAGGCUCCAUUGGCGCCUUUGCACCGUGCGAUUGCCGGCCAAAACGGCGCGUUAUUGACCGUUAUCGACACGUCGAAGCUGAAGACUAAAGUAUUCUACGCUUGUCCGCUGGCAAUUCGGACGAGGACUUUAGUAAUCGGUGGCUGGAAAGGGUAUGGGGAGUACCUCAUAUGGGGUACUAUCCCAACGGAAGCAAUUGCUUACACUGUGGAGAUUAGCAGUCUCCAGCAAAUCGCACAGUCCCACCCGGAUAUCAAUCGCUUGCUCCAGCUUCCACUCAUUAGCAACGCCCCACGUUGCAAUGAUAAGCUGCGUGAGAUGCUGGCACUGAAAAGAAAGUCGACUUUCCAAUCUGGUCGAACGCUUGGAAAGUUACUGACUCUUCUCCAAGUGCCAGCGACCUACUGGGAGAACUUGGCGUAUGAAUUUGCCAAGGCAUGGGGCUGGAGACAAAAGAGAGAGAUCGAUCUUUUCCAGAACGGAGUUCGAACAGCACCACCAUAUCUGCCUGAGGAAUUGUCAGAUUCCGAAAGUGAGGCUGCAUGGCUCACGCCCCAAAAGACGCCUCGGCAGACCCCCCAAAAUAUGUAUCUCUCAUCUGACCGGGUCUCUGAUGCAGACUACGAGUUACCUGAUACCGACGAAGAGUCGGGAAGCACAUCUGAGUUGGAAGAACUGGCCGAGUCUCAAGAUAUCUCUAUGAGCGACAAGACGGAGACCGCAGAUGAUGAAAAGUUCUCAACACAUGAGACGUUGUCUAGUGGAAUCUUUCAUGAGGGAUAUGGCGGCGAAGACCCCUCCAACCGGGUAUACCAUCAAGAGGUGAUUGAUCUCACCUCUGAUAAUGAAGAUAGCAGUUCUCAGCAUGCAUUGCAGCAAAGCUGGCCGUCGGAUGACGAUCCACACAUGCAUCCAAAUACACCUACAAAGAGUCGUCUGCCGCAAUCGGACAAAAAGACCCCCCAUCAUUUUGUACUCAAUGGUCAAGUUGAUAUGGACUUCUUUGAGAAGGUCCGACGCUGGUCUUGGCGCGGCAAUUGA